AUGGAAGAAGCAGAUUUGCAGCAAAACAACAACAUAACAGAAGCAAAACAUGAGUCACAAAUGAGUAACAGAAAACAGCUUUCAUUAGAUGUUAAAAGGAAGCUUGUUGAUGACAUUUUAUCAACUUUACAAGAAGACUCUUUACCAAGAGGGGCACAAACCAAAUUAGCAGCCAAGCAUGGUGUUCACAGAUGCAUUGUAAGCAGAGUAUAUGUAGAUGUAAUGAAACAAAGACAGAAGGUUCCACUGAGAUUGAGGACAACAAAAAGAAAGUAUGCUGCAGCCUUAAAGGUAUCCCAUGUCACAAUUCACAGACUGGAAAAAAGAGGGAAACUUAGAGUGCACACUAGCACUAAUCAUCCAGCUCUUAGUGAUAACCACAAGGUGGCUAGACUACAAUGGGUAUUGAGCCAUCUUACCUCUGCUACACCUACUGAGGAUGCAACAUUUAUGGACAUGUCUAAAGUCAUCCACCUUGAUGAGAAGUGGUUCUAUUUGAGCCCAGAGACAAGGAGGUUCUACUUGUUACCCAAAGAAGAAGAUCCCUACAGAUUUCAACAAUCCAAAAGGUUUAGGAUUAAGGUCAUGUCACUAGUGGAAAAAUAG